UGACAAACGGUUAUGCAACUUUGCGUUUUGAGUCAUGCAAACUGACAAUAAAUAGAAACCCUUUUGAAAGUCCCAAACGCUAUAGUUUACUUGACGGCUUCUAUCCUCACCACCGAUCAGCAACGGGGAAAAAAGAUAAUGGUGGGAUUUAAGAAUAGGUACAUGGUAAUGGAGGUAUUUUUGGACCCAAAUAAAGAAAAUUUGGGGGAUGAUGCCAUUGUAAUUACCCAAUUUAACAUCUCAAAAUCAAUCAAGGAUAGCAUUCUUGUCAACUUUGGUGAAUGUGGUUUAGCUUCUUCACUUGGAUCCUUCCAAGUUAAAUAUGUCAAUCCCAUUACAAAGUUGUGUGUUAUCAGAGCUUCAAGAGAGGAGUACCAAAAAAUUUGGUCUGCAAUAAGCAUGGUUAGGAGUAUUGGAAAUUGCCCGGUGCUGUUUAACUUACUGGAUCUUAGUGGAAGUAUAAAGGCCUGUAAAAAUGCUGCCCUGAAGUGUGAUGAGCUAAAAUUUGAGCAGUACAAGCUUUUUGUUGGAGCACGCCUCUCAGCUGAUGUUACCCAGCAAAUGCAAAACUAUUUUGAGAAGAUCAAAAUUUUGGAACACUAAAAGUGCUCCACCUGCAGUGGCUGACUGCUCUGUGAUGCUG